AGACAAAAAUGUUUGAAGCGACGCGUUAGAACCAAACACGGCGGUCGGUCGACCUUUUUAGGAUUCUGCGGGAUAGUGUAGUGGUGCAUCAAAUCAGUCAAAAGAUAAAGCAAAUUGGAAAACACUGCUGAACUGUCUAGUGCUAUUUUAAAUAAGAAGUGAACUAAUGAAAAAUAGUUCCGUUGCUACCAGGCAUCGGUUCUCACUUUACUGCCAAGAUGUAACCUGUUCCGUGAGUCAAUAGAAGAAGCAAAAAUAACAUCAAGAUCAAGUGAAGUGUGAGCAAAUUAUGACGUCGAAAACAACGACCACCAGCUCGACCGCCUCGACAUGCAGCGGUGGCAAUUCUACGGCCUCUGUUAAAAGUGCUGAAAACACAACCACCAACUGCACCACGAACGGCUUUGCGUCUGCAAACGAAACAACUUCCAACUCACCCGCCGCUUGUGACGAUGAAGAUCUGUACAACACGCUGUUUACCAAGAAACUGUCCUCGGGCAGCUUCAACAUUUUUAACAGUACGACGUUCCUGGACUGCGUCGACGACUACCGCGGUGGUCUCGUGAGCGGAGCCACCGACACGCCGGAUGCUGCUACUGCUGCCAUUUCCGCGCCCGUUUCCGUAUCUUUCCGACCUAGUGAUUCAAGUUUCGGCUUUCAGAAUACAUACGCCGUGCUGGAACGGCAGCUGGCGAACAAAACGCAGGCCGCCCAUCAACUGCGUCAGUUCCUAGAACAAAACGAAAUUUACAAAACGCCAGUAUUCUGCGAUGCGUCACCGCGUGAUCAUAGUGCAAAUUACUUAAGAAGAAUCAGCGAAGAAAGCAUUUCCUCCCAGCAUUCGUCUGUCACAGUUGAAGAUGCGGAGAAACCUAGUUUUCUAGAGUUAGAACUGGAGGCUUCCAGUCGACUAAGGAAGCUCAAGGAACGCUUUGGUAGUAGUUCAAGCUUGCUCGCUGACAAUGGUGUUUCGGAAAAAUUGGAAUCCCCGUUGGUUGAGGCUUUAUACGGCGUCAGCGUGGAAAGUCUGAAGCAGGCGGGUGCAGAUAAAUUUCACCCCAAUCCGGAGGUGUUUUUGACCGCGGAGACGGCUGCGGGCGGGGAGAGUACACCACAAACAGGCGAGCACCCGGAGUACAUCUACCACGUGGCAAAGGGCAGCGAUGGACGGAUGUACCUCAAAGUCGUCCGAAGCUUACUGCUUGAUAAAGUUCUAUGCGGUAAUCGUGUUAGCCAAAUGACCCGCGCGUACGAUGAUAUCGAUGCCGUAACACGACUUCUGGAGGAAAAGGAGAAGGACUUGGAGCUGACGGUGCAGAUCGGCAAGGAACUGUUGACGCAGAAUACGGCGCUCGAGAAUCGGGUUGCCGAACUGGAGCAGGAACUGAAGAAUACGAACGAAAACCUAGCGCAGCUCGCCCACGAGCUGCACCAGAAGAACGAACUGAUCGGAAUACUGACCAACGAUGCGGACGACAGUAGUGAGAAUGUCACACCUACCACGUCCAAAUCGGUGAACUUGGAGCUGCUGCAGCGCAAGGUCAAAUCGCUCGAGGACGAAAACAAAUCGCUGCGAAGCGAAGCCGCCCAGCUGGUGAAGGAAACAGACGAAUGCGAGGAGCAGGAGCGCAAACUGAUGGCCGACAUCGCCAACCAGCUGAAUACGGCCAACAGCGAGUUCGAUGGGUUAAAUCUGGAGCUGGAAAGACUGAAGGAAGAGAACCGCCUCCAGCAUGAGCAGAUCAUUAGUCUUACCUCGCGGCUUGCCGAGGCGGAAAUUCGGCUCCACCAGCUCAGCACGGAGAACGAGGAAGCGUCCUCAUUGCUCAGUAUUACCAAAGAAAACCAAAAUCUGCUGGCUGGUGAACUGUCCGAAUUUAAGACGCGCUACCAGGAGGUGCUGAAUCUGCUGCACGAGACCCAGGAUCAGUUGAGACGCCAGAGGAAACGUUCGCAACCGAUGGCACGCAGCACGCUGAUUCCUAGCCUGGGUAUGCCGGCGCCGGAUUCUCUCCAGUCGGAGCUGAUGGAGACAUCGCUCUACUCGGAGCACAGUCUGGAUUCGGGUAUCGCUUCCGAGCGAUGUGGACCUUCCGUUCAACCGUCGUACAAAAAGAUAUUCGAAACGGUUCGCUCGGCGACUCGCGCCAACCCGGGAGGCUUCAGUGAUACAUUCUCCCAGCUUGGUUCAAUGACGAUGAGCUCCUCCUCGCAACCGCGGAUGGCACCGUAUGUAUUUCCGGGAGGUGGAACCACCACAGCACACUCGUACAAGAGUGGUUCCUCCAUUUACAGCACAAUGUACGAAAGUUCACUUGGUGGACGGACGUAUUCGCGGGAAAGUUUGGUAUCGGACACGGAUGAGAACUAUCCGGCUCAAGCACAAGUCGGCGUUCCAGGUGCUCCCGGUGCCAAAGACCUCGAAGCUGCUCUCAAACGACUGACGCCGGCCGAAGUGCUGGCCCGCAGAGCAAUGCUUCAACAUGCACCGGCCGGAACGUACAGCUACGAUGAUCAACCGAGUGGUAUUCCAUUGGGCUGUCGCACACCGGAUAGUAUCAUGUCCACCGGUUCAUCCGGUUUAUCCGGCAUGUCUUCGAAUCAGUGGCGACUACCGGAGAAACUGCAAAUCGUUAAACCAAUCGAAGGCUCACAAACCUUGCACCACUGGUCCCGCCUGGCAACGCCAACUCUCAGUGGUCUCUUGGAAGAACGACCUGGCGUCACGAUCCGUGGCGGACGUGGCUUGGACGAACUCGGCCUACAAACUUACUCGUUGUCGGACGUUGAAGAAGACGCCGAAGAGCAUCCGGGCAAACGCUUCCAAACUUUCGGCUGCACGUACACAUACACCAAUAGCACCGUGAUGCAUCCCGAUGACGGUACGACGGCGGUCACAUUCAGUCUUCCACCGUCGCAAGUUUCCUCGCAGAUGCCAUCCGAGUGUCCCUCGCGGCAACCGUCAACACCAUCCACACCGCGCACCGGACUGUCCAGAAGAAAUUCCUGUUCGACGUUUUCCGUUAACUUGGGGUUGGCUUCGAUGCUGAACGAGCGGGGCAUCAAGGCGGUUACACCCAGUGCCCUGAAUACGCCCGCCGGGCCGAAUUAUUCACCGACCGUUACGCCUUGCAAUAGUCCUGAUGGUUCCCCGCCACGUCCCUGUUCACCGGAAGUACCUCUGUUGGGCAGUUUGCUUGCCUCUGGAAGCGACAUCCUGCGGAAAAGGUUUGCCGGCGAGGUUGAACGUCCGUCGCGGCUAACGGCUCGCAAUAAGCUGGCGCUGACGCGACUGGAGAAAAAGGCUCUUCGAUCGAUUAAAAUUAUGGAAAAGGUCGAAAGUAUGGGUAUGGAUAAUUUUAUGCCUCACGUCGGUCAUGGAAUCAGUCCGCUGGCUCUGCACAGUUCAUCAGCACUGUACACCUCGAAUGUUCGUGGUCGUACUUCUAGCCCGAUGGCCCAGCUGACGAGCCUGAAACAUCUGCAGGAUAGUCGACUUAACAAGCAUCAUCAACAGCAGCAGCAUCAGCAGUCCCAGGAAGGGGGCCUUCUGAUUGAUAAGGAAACGAUUCGAGCGGUGCUAAGCAAGGGACUGUCCCAUGAUAGCUUGAAAAAUAUUUCCUCUGGUUCCAGCGAUGCAUCCGGCGUGUCAGCUUCCUCCACCUCGGGAGUAUACGGUGAUAGCGAUAGUGGUUCCUCAGUUAGUGUGGCAAGACCGGUUGCCACAAAGAAACCAGCUGCAACAAAGCCGGAAACACAGCAACAGCAGCCAUCUCCGACAACUGCUGCACGACUGAAGCAGAUGCAGCGGCAAAAAAGCCGUCGCAAUCUGCUGAACGGUGCUAAUGGUGGAGCGCAGCGACCCGAUCUGGGAACGGUCAACGGCUCCAGUCGACCGAGCGUUCGUCCGGAUCUUGGUACGGUAGGUAGCAGUGGUGCUGCAAACGCUAGCAGUAAGCCCAGUAAGAGCAAUAGCCAGAACAAAACUGAUUCGUCGGUUCACACGCAACCGGCAGCGGCGGCGGAACAGAGCCGCUCACUAGGGCAAAGUGUGUAUGGUACGAUCAGCUCGCUACUGUUUGGACGCAAGGGAGGACUUCUGUAAGAAGGAAAAACAAAAAAUGCGGCUUGUUUUUCGUUUUUGUUUCUAACACCAACUAACUACUCCCCGUAAGAAAAAAAUUUCUUGUGAGAAAGGAAAAGUUUUGUCUGUUUUAAGAUCAUUUAAGUUACACUUGUUUUACAGCUCGGUAGAGGAAUACGGUUUCGCUCGCACUACUUUAGCGCCUUUUUUCCCCGCUUUUUCCCAUCAUCAAUGACAAUUGAUAUCAGCAUAACAUUUACAACAGAAUGAUGGUAGAUGAAUAAGGUUCGAAAAUGCUUUCAAUAUAAUUUGUAUAUAAAUACGACGAAGAACUGUUACUGCUCCCUUGGCAUGGUUGAGUUAUGCAAGGCUCCAACUACUGAGGGUCGAUUAAGUUUAUGAUACGAUCUGUUAAAUCGUUUCAUUGCUCGCUUCAGUAUUACCAUGGGUGCCGUCAAACUCAUGAUUGGACACAACAAAUUUGUUUUGUUUUGUAACUCUUUAUUGGAUAUUUGGAAACUUACUCUCAAACGUUUUAGUCAAUGAUUUUCUUAAAUUUGAGUGUUAAAUUGCAUAAUUCAGAAAACUUAAUUUGCUUGACAAAAUUGAGUACACAAAAUUUGAUUUAUCAUGUUGAGUUUAUUCUUGCUGAAGAAUUAUUGCAUCUCACAGUUUUGAAAAGUUUUUAGGCUCUGCAUAUAAAAGACAUUACGCUUUUCUAAUAUUCUGUUUCAAUUUGAUACCUAUUUUUAUUAUUUUUUAUAAUUCACACUCGCUAUUUAGUUGCUUACUGCCAUUUGUUAUUUAUAAACUUUCCUUCGGUUCGACCAACAUCGGCAAACUGUGAAACAUCGACAAUGGAUUACUUCUUGCUUGUGCAUUGGAAUAUAUUUCUUUCUCAAAAGCAAUUCCAAUUAAAUAUUUUUUUUAAACAAUCUUUUGUCCGCGAAUAAAAGUAUAGUUCAACAGUAGUAGCAUUCACUAAAGGAUCGCACUAUUGCUUAUUUAGAAAAGUUUAGUAUACAGAUAGUAUAAGCACAUUCCAGUGUCACGCAAUAUUAAAUUGUAAGCUUAAUUGCCAUCUAUGCAACAUCAUAUUUUAUUUCGACCCUGCGUACUUUGCAUUUUUCUCUCUGAAUACUGCCUUAUCUAUUGCAUUCAGUCAACGCUACACUUUUCAAAAGACUUUUUUCCUUCCGUCAUUCUCACGUGCAAAAGUGUUGUAAUUUUUUGUCGAAGCUCUGUCACUUGCCGUAUAGUCGAAAAUGGAAUCGCUUUUAUCCAAUCAAAAUUCCAACCUGCAAUCACUUUUCGGAUCCUUUUUGACAUUUUACCAUGAUGCAACGACGAAGGAGGCUAUUGGCAAAACAACCUAACCUGAUGCUUUUCAGUCUUUGCUCGACUGAAAAAGUAGCAAAGCAAGCUAUGAUGCCAACCAACCGCGUUGUUGCGUUUAAAGUCAGCCAGCCAGCCCUUCCUUCGAUUGUUCGACGAUUGUCACCCCGUUCCGAAUCUUUCCCGCGGCUUGAAAGAUUCGUGCAAGCAAGUAAAAGUGACAAUCCACGGUGCGGAUUUUUCCGAUGGUGAUUCGUUGCCAAGCAGCCAACAGUUUUACUGAGUUAUUUUCUAUUGCAGCUUAUCUUAUUUUUAUUUUUCCAAGAAGAUUAAUCGAAGCUUAAAUAUUGUUAUCGCUUGACCUAUUCAGUAUCAGAUUCACGGUUUCUUAUGUCAUCUAUAAACUUUGCUUCCUAAGUAAUCCCUUCAGUAGCUUAUUUUAAGAGAACUAGACUGCUUUGGUGUAGAAAUUAUAGUUAGCGCUAGAGAUUUAUUUUUCUUAACCUUCAUACUAGCUUACUAUCCUUUACUAGGUUUACGUUUCUUUACGCUAGAGGUGCUAUGAAUUUACGAGCGUGCUAUUUUGGACUUUAGUGCGAAUUAGAUAAGAUCCACAAAACGCUAAAGAGAAUAAAUUCUCUGCACCGCAUUGUACUACUGUUUCCUUAAAAAAAUAUCGAUUUACAAUAAAAAAAAGUUUCGAGCUAAAGGAUAUACUAGAAAGAAAGAGAAUGUACAUAAACGUAACGAGCAUAAAUUUAUUAUUAAAUAAAAUAAUAGAAAACAGGUAUCACAAAAUAUGGAGAAAAAAGGUAAAAAAGCUGUUGUAGAUAAUUAUUUAAUUAGGCAAAUCGAGCGAGAUGAUACAAGUAGCUGUGUAACGAUAAACUAUUUAUUUUUAUACAAACAAAAAGAACCGGUCACAGAGCCGGCCCCCCAAGGUGACUAAAACUUUAACUGUUAUGAGAAGAAAAAAAUAAAACAAAGAAACAUAUAAAACCUUACAACGCAAAACUAAUAAUAUAGGUAUACUCUAUAGAACGCCUUUCUUUGCACACCACAAUAAAAACUAUAACUUAUCUGUCAAAGCUGAGCUGUGCGCGCUAUAGUAGUACACAGUGGAAAUGAUCGGAAAGCUUCGUUCGGCUAAAUAAUUUCACACAAGAAACUAACACGACGACGGCGGCGGCGGCGCCGGUUUAACAACAAAACGCGUUGUCCCGUUAAGAAGUGUCAAAACAGUUGUUGAAGCAGUAUCGAGUUACAGACAAACAAAUAAAAACACACAUACACACACAUAGUAAAAGAAAACAGAAAAAUAAACAACAUUUAGUGUGCAACAAAUGCAACUAAUACCUACGAUUAAAUCACAGCUGCAGCGUAGAAACACAAACUAAAACUGAAAUAAAUUUUGUUCUAGUAAAAAAACAGUGAUUUAGUAGCAGCCUCCGUUAUCCGUAAAUGAACAGAACAUGAGUCGAGUGAUAAUGUGAUGCACAGAAGAAGAAAAAAUACUACUAUAUAGUACACUCAGUCUGUUUGGAACGAGACGAUGAGAGAAAAGCAAAAAAACAAUGUUGGUUAAUUGUAUUACUAGAAUGUUAAAGCCAGAUUUUUUUCUGCAGGAACAAGAUUAUUAAUAAAAAUA